AGUUUUCAGUAUUGUCAUUGUGUUUGCAUGUCAGCUGAGUUAUCGAGUUAUGAAAUGGUGGUGUUUUGCAAUACAUACAAAGAAAAUGAAAUAAGUUGAUUUAGAAUAUUGUUUUUCUCCAAUAAUUUGUUGAUUAAAAUUAUGAACCAUUUUUAAUCACUACAAAAUGUAAAAUUGAAUAGCAAUGAUAAAUCAAUCGAGUCAUUACGGUAGACUACAGUUGAAGGGUAUAAAAUAUACAGGCUUAUAAAAUUUUGAAGUGGUUUUACUAAACAGUCAAAAUGUUGUAUGUUUUUCAUGUUGAUGCUGGUCAAAUGACCACAUAUGACAUGAGCUUAACCCUGCAAACUGUUGCCAAUUUGAAAAUAGCAAUAGAAAGGAAAACAAAGGUACCUGCAAAUGCUUUAGUGCUGCUUGUUAGUGGAGGUGAAGUAUUAGAAUCGGACCACAUGGUUUCCUCAUACAGUGCUGGUACAGACACAAAUCCUAUUUAUAUGUUCAACAAACCAUCAGUUAAAGAAAGCCACUUGCAGCAAUCAAUGUGCGAUUUAAGUCCCAUAGUAGAGCUGAGCUCUGGUGAAUUCACUAGUGAUACUCGUAAUACUUUGGACGGGAAAUCAGUUGCUGAACUGAAGAAUGAAGUGGAAGUUUGUUGUUCCAUGGCACCGACAGUUCACACAGUGAUAACAUGUGCCUCACUGGCACAACAAUUCAGUGAUCUCGCAUAUAAAGUUUAUAGGAGUUGUGAUCAACUUGUACAUGAGCAGCAUUUACAACAUCAGGGAUGGGCAGCCGUUGUCGCAAAUUUAGAAGACAUCUACAAUGAAUUUUGUGAACGGUCUAGGAGUUUCAAAGAAUCUUUCAAAAAACACAGACUAAAAAAGGACGAGUACCAUGAAAACCUUGAAACGUUAAACGAAGUUUUAGAUUAUCUAGCUAAAAUACCGAUAUUGCCAGCUUUGCAACUGAACGCGGAAGCACAUCGGUUCUCUGCCUUCGAUGUUUUUGAGGAGACGGAUUUCGAAGGUCACUCGUAUAGAAGCGGUCACGCAUUGGAUCAUAGUUCAGAGAGUAAAGCCGUUCAGGAUUUUGGUGUUGAUGCUUUUAAAUUGUCCGAGGAAGAUGUAUUCGAUCAAGAUGUCUCAUCGGGCAGUAAAGAUGUGCAAUCUCAAGUUGGUAAAAAAAUUGAGAGCUCAGACGAAGGGAUCAUGUUCAGGACGAGGGCGUCUGAAAGCAGGGAGGAGCCAACGUUAUUACAUUGGAUCCUUGCUCAAGGGAACAAAGCCUCUUUGAGGGAUAUUCUUGAUUACUGCAAGAAGGGUCUUGCUUUGAUCGUUGCAGAACCUCUGAAGGAAAAGGAAGCCGAACUAUGUCACAUAUUGGAAUACGCUAAUAUGCGAGGUUUGAAACAGAUCAAAGGCAUCGAGGACCGACUGUACGGGCUCGAUCAGUUGUUAAGUGAAGUCAAGAAAUUGGAAAGAGACCAACACAAUCAAGCUGCUUCGCUUAUACAAUAUCGUGAACGUUUGAACUCGGCUUGCGACCCGUCAGUGUUGCCGACGUUAGUGCAAUCGCACUGGUGUCAGCUCAAGAAGUUGCUCAAGGGACACCAGACUUUAGUGGACAUAAGACGCCGCAUCUCUAAGUCGAAAGAUGAACUGUCUCAUAUUUUGAGAGCAAGAUUAGAGGCGGUGCUGAUGAUCGAGAACUCGAUGUCGGUGCAGGACGCGCACGCGAUGCUGUCGUACCAGUGCUUCAACCGUCUGGCGCGCUACUUCAGCAUCGUGGCUCAGUUGCACCGCGCGCCCGCCGUGUUCGUGCGGGCCGUGCACGAGUGCGCCCGCAGGAGGACCUUCUCUACGCACCAUCUUAAAUGGGCCACAGAAUUAGCGGAAAAAUUGCUUAAAAUCCACGACGAGGAAGUGCGUCGCCGUCAGGAGUUCAACGAACUCUUCGAGGGUCAUUUCUUGAGGAGCCUCUUCCCCGGACUCACGGACCUACCGCCCGCCUUCUCCACGCAGGCCCCGCCGGUCUUCGAUGAUCGGUUACCGAAGAUCACGGAUACUGACGUCGAAUUUAUUUUGAAUUCGUUCCCGGAUUUGGCGAAGGAUGUCCCGCAAUAUGACAUGGAAGCAACCGUUAAAUUCUUUCAACAAAGGUUAAGUGCAAUAAACCAAGAAGACAAUAAUGUAGAAGUACAAGUCGAUUUUGAUAAGGACACAGACGGUGACAAUGAUACUGGCGAUUUCGAAAGAGUGUCGCAGCAGAUCGAUACUAAGAAGAUCGAUAUUUCGACGACGUGCUCUCCGGACACGGUAGCGGUGUCGACCGUCACUGAGGAGAACAUGGAUACACACAAGACGAGCAUGGAUAGGUUACAAGGUUUUUUCAUUAAAUUAUACGGGCUGUGCAAAGUUAACGUAUUUUAUAUUCUCGAAGAGUUGCUAGCCUUGAAAAAUGAAUUGAAUGAACAGACUAAAUAUAUGAACGAGAAGUACGUCGAGAUAUUACAAGCGUUGGAGCGUAGUAAUGAGGAGUCGGCUUUGAGGUUCCGCGAGCAGACGCAGCGCCUGACCGUCGACCACGAGCUGGAACUGAGCGACAUGAAAGCCUCCUUACACGAGAAAGACGAUAUCAUCACACAACUGAACAAUGAGAUGGAAAAUGUCAAACGAGAACAUCGGAAAGAGAUAGAGAGAUUAAGUAAAGAACACGACGGUACGAAGGAGUUGCUCGAAAAAACUAGGGAUCAGGUAAAGGAAUUCGAAAGAAAACUAGAAGAAAUUGACGCUGUUAAACAGAAAGAAAUAAAGGAAUUGCAAGAGAAGAUGCACAUGGAUUACAAAGCUGAAAUUGAAUCUCUGCGCUCCAGAUUCCGCUUGGUCGCUCUCACGAACAUGGAUCGUUCGCCUUCCGAGUCCAGUUUGGAGAAGAUCGAACGCACUGACGUCAUCGAAAUAACGAAUCACAACGCGAUCGUGAUGCAGACGAAAGAAAACGCCGAAGUCGAGAAAGAGGAGGCGGUCAGACAAGCUGUCGCGAAAUGCGAGGACGAAUGGAAACAGAAACUGGAAUCUGAGUUAGGAGCUUUGAAGGCGAAGAGCGACACGACGUCAAUAAACGAAGCGACGCGUCGUUUGUUAUGUGAAAAAGAUCGUCAAUUGGAGUUGGCGCGCGAGAGGGAACAAGUGCUCGCGCGGGAAUGCAGCAAGUACAGAGACACGAUACAGCAGCUCACCGACCCCGAGACCAAUGACUACGACGAGCUCGUCAAAACUCAGUUUGCCUCGCUUGAAAACGAGAAAGCCAUUUUACGUCAAGAGAUACAGGAUUUAAAGAAGGAGCUGGAGAAGAAAUCUGAAGAGAGCGAGAAGAGUCGAGAAGAUGACAGCGAAGGCCGAUCGUCUCCUAGACGCGAGGAUUUGAAGAAGUUGAGAUCCCGCUGUCACACUCCCGUAGGGCUCCCUGCGGGCACUCUGAGUUUUUCUGCUUGUUUGCCAGGACACACCGUUCUGGUCAUGUGGGAACCCGCACAUUUCAAUUACACGGUGAUGCAGGAAGCGCCGAUAAUGUACUUCGUUCAUAGCGAUUGUCUCCCGGCUCUGGAUCUCAGCAUACAAGUGAAGAACGAAAGCGAAAGAAAGCUGUAUGCCAUCGCGACCGUCGAGUCGAAGGAGUAUUGUUAUGCUAAAAAGAGCGGCAACCGUUACCACAUGCCGCGUAGCUCACGUUUCUACCGCGUCCGGGUUCGUCCGUCGCGCGUGCACCAGCCACACCCGCCGUGCUGCGACCACAAACACAAACAAGAUGCAAUGAAAGGCGGAGUGUUGCCAGUGUUCGCUGAGCGCCGACCGCUCAAGAAAUGGCUGACGUACAUGCAUGUCCCAGACACUCAGAAAUCUGUCGAUACAAGUCAGUCGACGAGUUCGAAUACGGACGAAGCGAAUCGAGUCGAAGUAGCAACGGGCACGCUAAUAAACUUGGAGUCGCCGGUGUCGACGAGUGAGGCCAUGUCUACGUCCAGCGCCGCCCCGCAACCCGAGGACCAGUUGGACUCUAUAGAGGCCAGCGAUCAGUGGCAGAACUCUAGGAUGCAGCUAUCCACCGUUAGCAAUAUAACUGACAUGGAAUCCAGUGUAGGAAGAUUCCCGGGACAGGAGCCUUUGGAGUUGACCGUGAGUUCCGUAUCGGUUCUGUCUCGCGGCUCUGUUCCUCCUGGCUCGGAAUUGGCGGAGGAGGCGACUCCAUGACCCAAGCGUAUCAAAGCCACCGCUUUGAAACUUAUAUAGUCGAUACUUCAACGUGAAAUAUCGAUACAUAUUACGUGCAGUGCGGUGUACUUGUGAUGCGCGAAUUUAAUCGAUUUUGACGUGAUCACAACUGGUAUCGAUAUAAAUGUGCUGAGUGAUGUGGAAUGAUAAAAGGUUGAAGGUUAAAAGGAGAGGAUUUGAAGAACAUACAAUAUUCUCAUUAAUUUGGAUUUUUAUGUAUAUAAAGUAGUUGUAUUCUUUUAGUGUGGUAAACUCAACGUCUUUUGUGUUCUGGUGUGAUGGAUGUUUAAAUCGUGAGAAAAAAAAAUCGUUUCUACGCAUACAAUUGGAAUAAAAAUUAUCAGUUUUUGGAUAAACUAAUUUGUGUCUUCCAAUAUCUUCUGAAUAUCUUUUAUCGAAUGAAAAAAUCCGCCUCAACUCUGAUGACUGAAGCUGACUGCGAUUCAAUAUUUACGAAUGGAGUGAAUUCUUUUUAAAUUGCUCUUGCAGUUUGUUAUAAUUAAAAAAUUAUAAUUAUAAUCUAAACAUUCUUCAUUAAUACAAAAUUUUUGUAAUUUCAAAAACGAACCUUCAGUCUCUUAUUAUUACAGUCGUAAAUAGGAAAGUUGUCGAGGAUUAUCGAUCCUUUACUGACCAGUCUUUUUAUUCUUCUCUCGUUAGUACAAAAUCGCUUAGUCGUUUACAAUUGUACUUAUUAUAUUUGUUCAAUACGUAUAUUUACUGUAUUAUUGGUUUGUAUUUUUAUUUUCCUGUCGCAAACAAUAUCGAUGCAAUAUAAAUGUGGAAUAUAAAUUAUUUAGUUAUUUAGUUUUUUUCUUCUUUCAAAAAUGUAACUGUAGAUGCGAUGUAAUAGCGUAGUUAGCACAAAGUAGUUACGGGGUAUUUGUAAUCGACUUUCUUGCUUCUCUGUACUAAGCGUCGUAUUAUUCGAUAUUACAACAUUUAAUGAAUAUUAUGAUUAUCACAAUAAUUUGUAACGGUAACUUCUCUUAAGGUUCCCACGUAGGUCUGUUUCGAUAACUAAGUCAUAGUGAUUAGUUCCUCGUAGGGAUUACUCUCUAAAAUAUCGUUAGACUUUAACAAUUAUGCUUUAACACACGAUCUCGCUCGAUUCAAGUUUUUUCCCCUAAAUAUCGAAAUCUAGCCUUAGAAUACGACCGCGUUUCUCAUAUCGAAGAUAAAUAAAUACGAUGCAUGAAUAAUGGCGUUUGAUCCGUCUUAGUCUUUAGGAAACGAUUUGCAAAUCAGUGUGCUUAGUUCGAUUUUUUUUAACGUUCUCGAUAGCGUAAAAGUUAACUCAUAUUUAGUUGGGACGUUUGCCUACGUUUGCCGCUAGGGGCGCUGUUCCAACGGCAUACAAAAUUGAGUUAACUUUUACGCUAUCGAGAACGUUAAAAAACUCGCGCUAAGCACCCGCUAUGUGUGUUGGUAGUUAAGGUGUUGCUUCACGUUGAUAUUCGUUUGUGGCCUUAUUGUGAAUGGCGCCCAACGUGGGGCACGUGUUUCUGAUAUUAUCGCACUAGCCGUGCGGUUGUUGGGUAUAUAAAUUUAGAGACGUUGUUAAAUGGCGCGAGCCGACCGCUGUGAUAGUACGUGCUGUGUGCCCCUUUCGAUCCCUAAACGAACAGUUUCGCGAAUAACAAAUCUAAAAGGUAUCAUGCAAUAUGAAUAAGGAGUAUUAAUUAGGCCUAUUUUAAGACGUUUUUAUAUUUACGAAAUCGAAAUCGCCGGUAUGUCCUGGCAACACUGCAGUCCCCUUAUAUCAGUGAAUGAAACACAGAAAGAAAAGUAUCUAUCUCCUUUUUUUUAAUGGGAAAACUGAUGCACUUUUUUUUUUAAUUAUAACUCAAGAUUGUGUGUCAGAUCGAUUUAAUGCCAAUUAUGAAAAAGGGCUCUAAGGUUGCCUUUCUAGAAUAUUAAGCAACGUCAAAACAGGGAAGGGGAUAUUGGUUUUAAUGAUUUUAAUUAAGCUAACGUGUCUGUGUUGUUUUAAAAAUAGCUUGUUUACGGCGCCGUGGACACAGCAACAAUUGAAGCCGACAACGAUAUAACGUCUAAGUUAGAGGUUAAUUUCUGUGGGUGUAAUGAAAGAAGUUUAUUGUACAUACUUUUGGUUAAGUGAAUAAAAUUUUAAUGUCGUUAAGGUUUAGAAGAUUUAAAGUUGUCUCCAUUAAUAGGAAUGGUAUAGUUUGCCUGAUUGAUAUAGGUUCGUACAAUAGAAGUUGCCCGGACGCAUUGAGUUAUAAACAGAGAUAUUAAGAUCGCGAACGAGACAGUCGUUCGAAAGAUAACGUGCUAAUAAUAUACUUGAAAGUUUUAAUUGUCACUAACCGCCUUUUAAAUUUAAUGAGAACGAGUGAACAGAUUUGUCCUUAAUUAAUCUCUGCUAAUAAUAUAAGUUGGAUUUUGAGACGAAUGCUAUUCGAUUUGAGAUUUGUUUGUAUGUGUGCGUGUCGCUUGAACUGAUGACGUAAUUCGCGUCGUUUUGCCGACGGAAUGACCUUUUAAAUAUUUUUCAUAUUUUUUUUGCGACUGCACACGCACCUCAAACACGUCGUGCGUUAGCUACGUACUAUUUUGUAGUGACCAAUUUUAUUAUUAGACAAUGAAAAGAAAAUAAUAAUAUGUAAAUCUGACAUCUGUAAUGUAAUUUUUAUAUACAAUAAAUAGACGAUUUUAUACAAA